AUGAGUUCUGCGAUUAACAAUCAAUUACUGCUAUUCUUUUGUGAAUUACCAGAAAAUCCAAUGGCAACUAAUUUGACAUUAAAGCAAGACAAAACUUAUGGGGGAAGACUCAUAUGGAAUUUGAUUAUCUAUGUAGUAAAAUGGCAGGGUUUCCCUUUCUAUCCUCCAUUAGAAGCUACUUUUGGAGUUAACUGUUUCUAUGCUUUAUUAUGGAUUUUAUUUAUAUUUUUGGCUGCCAAGACAUAAUCAAAAAUCAAAUAAAUGAUGAAAAGGUUUCAAAUGACACCUAAUAACCUCCAAAUCCAAACGCCUAUCUUAUUCAUAUUGAUGCUAUUUAUUUACAAAGAAUCUUUAGAUAUACUAUUAAAAACCUUACAAACAUUCAACAACAAUGAAUAGCUAAACAAAUCAUCAUGGUUGUUUGUAUGAAGGACAAAACUCCAAAGAAGGAAUCCAAAAUUGAUGCAGUAUUUGAAUAAUUCAAAGAUUGUUUUGAUAAACUCAUAGUUACUGUAAUUCCUUAUGGAACUCCAAGAGAGAUUCCAGGAGAUGCUCUAAUAAUAAUUAUGCUAUUAGGUCUGUAUUGGCUCAUUUGAACAAAAAGAUCUUCGCUUUGACUCUAACAAUACUUUGAAACUAAUUUUGACUAGGACACAAUAUUUCAAAAAACUUUCUUAAUAUUUAAAUGAUGAACAUACUGAAAGAGAAGGACAGAAACAAUUUGUUUAGUAACCAGUCUUAUUUUAUAACUGGGGACUUGAUAAACAUAGUUUUACACAAGAAUUACAGUAUUGGCUAGAUACAUGCAAAUGA